GGUACAACUGUUCAGUCACAGACUGUACAGUCAGAGUUACUAUCAUAAAGUUCGGUCUAUUUACGACAUUUUCUGUUCAAUUGCUUUUCCCUGAGCACAUUAAAUAUGUUUCAACGUUUCUUUGGAUUUGUUUAUCUCUCUGCAGUUUCACAGCUUGUGAAUCUCACAGGUACACGAGCUGAAUGUCCUGUUCAGCUCAACCCACAGAGAGCUGUUGUGAGAUACGGCGAUUCUGUAGCAGUUAACUGUAGCACUUCAGUCCCACAUCAAGGGAUGGGAUGGGAAGCCAGUGAGGGAGCAGUGACCAUGACCAGAGACAGUCUGAUCACAUGGAGAGUGUCAAAUCUGAUAGAAUGGGACAUACAGCCAUACUGCUACAUAAACCAUGAGGAACAGUGUCAAGUAGAGCUCCCAGUCACUAUUUACAAGACUCCAGACAGUGUGUCCAUCAGUAUUGUGAAUCACAGAGGACCAAUGAUAGAGGGAAAGCAGUAUGAGCUCCAGUGUGAUGUUCACGAUGUGGCUCCUGUUCAGAAUCUCACUGUCAAAUGGUACAAAGGACAGACUCUGCUGAAUCAAACCACCUUCACUGAGGAUAACAAGACUCCAGUGAAUGAAACCACCACACUCCUGAUCCGUCCAGACAGAGCUGAUGAUGGAGCUCAAUACAGGUGUGAAGCAGAGCUGGAACUGGGAGCAGAAGGACCUCAACCUCCUCCAAAAGAAACAUCAGGACGUCUUAAUGUUGAAUUGAACUAUAAACCAAAACACUCCAAUUCAACAGAGACCAUCAUUAAAAACGACGAGGUCACGCUAAACUGUACAGUGAAGGCAAACCCGGCUCCUAAGUACACAUGGCACUCAGAGCAUCUGAAAGAGGAGAUCAGCUCCUCAGUGCUCCAGUCCUCCACAGUCCUCCUCAGUCCAGGAAACUACACGUGCACCGCCACAAACUCUCUGGGAAGCGACAGCAAAGUGUUCAUCAUCAAAUCCACAGGCAGUCGUCCCACAUUCUGGACUGUUCUUAUAUUCUGCCAGUUGCUGGUUGCAUUGAUCAUUGUCCUUUAACUCUUUUAAGUGUUUUUGAAAAGUGGUCACACCUUGGCUGUUGUUGUUGGCUGUAUGCAUGAAAAUGCGUAUUUUUCAAUUAAAGACAGCUUAUAGAUUUAAUAGGGGCUGCUUUUGGUGCUUGACACCUUUUUAUUGGUCAUUCAAGAAUGUGUUUCAAGAAUAAGGUCCAAGGUUAACAAUUAUGCUAUUACUUACUUAAAUAUAAAAUAUUUUUCUCUAUUUAACAACAUUACAAUAGUGAAAGAUGACUUCCCUUACUGAUCAAGUCUCAAGUGGGUAGUACAAUUCGACAACGAAAAAUGCUACCUGUAAAAUUAUGGUUUAUUAACGUCUAC